UUUGAUUCCGAUGUCCGUUCCGGUGGUUUUAAAUGUACCGAUUUCCUUACCUUUUGUUACAUAAAUUCUAUUGUUUGAAACAGAAUAAAUGUCCGAAUCAAACGUACAGUACAAACAUAUACGGUAUAGCCCGGCCUAUACCCCAGUGUACAUUUCAAUUAGGCCUACAUAGGCCCAGCAUGUAUGCAGUAUUACGCAGAGAUGUGCGAUAUAUUCACAGACAGCAUGUUCUAUAUUGUAUGAAUUUGUCCAUCGGUUGACACAAUUUUACAAAUCUUGUACUUUUAUACAGUUCUCAGUUUCAAUACGAUAUGAAGUCUGCCAACCGUAACUGUAAAGUUAUGACAACGUCAUAAAUUAACAAAAGUCCGCAUAUUGCUGGGAUUACGGCAAAAUUGACACACGACUGUUAGCUUUAUCUAUUUUAUAUUAGUGCUUCAGAAAUUUAACCGUACGAUAUUCAUGUAUACAGCUGAAAAACCCGGCAAAUGUUGUUUUUGUAUUUGAACUAUUUAAGUCUGUAAAUUCAUAAGUCCCUUGUAUAUGCUUUGGUUAAAACCUAUAAGAACACACAAAAAGAUUGUUUUUAAUUAAAUCAGUCACUUUAAAUACAUAUCAAAAUAUAUCUUGUUGAAUAAUAUUUAACAUAACUUGCGUUGAAAUGUAGAGCAUUCACAUAUAGUUGUUUACUUUUUUCGAUUGAAGGGCAAUAACUCUAAAAGGAAAAACUGACUGGUGGUGGAUCCAAGUUUCUUUUUCGUUUCGUUAUAUAUUAUAUAUAUAUCAAACGUUUUAAAUGAUUUUUUAAUAUUUAUUUUGUGCUAUAGACAAGAUUAAUGUUGAAAAGAUAUGUUAUAAAUGUUCAAACAAAAUUAAAUUUAAAAAAAAGGUGAAACAGCAAAAUUUAGCAACCCCCCCCCCCCCACAGGAAAAUGAAUCACAACACAAUUCUAUUGAUCAUUUUCCUAUUAUCUAUAUUAUUUCAUUUAUGGAGAUGUGGUAUUUUUGCAGCAGUUUUCCUUUAGGAUUAGGAAAAGAUUUAUUUUUUCUUUAAAUAAGGGAAUGUUAAAUUAAUACAUCGUUGUAAACCCCAUACCCCCUCUAUAUUUCCCACUGACAUAAUCAACAAAACAUUUGAAGAUACACAUUUUCAGUUAGUGAAAAAAAAAUGUCAAAGGUUUUAAAUACAAAUUAAUUGAUUUAGAAUUAGAUUUUAGGAAAAUAACCUAUCAAUAAGUUUUAACAUGAAGACAAGAUUUUCAUCCAACCAAAAUUGUAUUUCAAUUAUUUGAAAUAAAUAUUUCAGAUAUGCCAGGGAGUGGCCCCAAACAUUUCCUCUGUUUCAACUGUCCACGGAGAGUAAAAUCAAAACACAGGUUCAGGAUUUCAGAUAAAUAUAGGACAGUGAUCACCACCCUCACAGGGAGGAGACCUUCUGAGCAUGAUUGUUUGUGCAAUAGAUGCCAGUGUAUGUGUUACUCCCGUAUUAAACAGAAGAAGAUUAAGCCGGUUAGGACACAGGUUCAAGACAGUCCAGCACCAUCAUCAGCAGUAGCAGCUAUUCUAAUUAGUCCUCCUUCUGUAUCACUCCCAUUCCCAUGUACAUCAAGAGGGCACGCUUCAUGCUGUAUCUGUAAGCGACCAGGUCCAAAGCUAGUUGUAGUACCCUUAGGAGUAAGACAUCAAAUCUUCAUUUCUAAAGAGGUUAUCAUUCCUGCCGGGGCUCGCUGCUGUCCAAAGCAUCUACAACAAGACAUAAAAGAACUUGAACCUAUUGCUGACAACACCAUGUUCAACAAAACAGGAGUGGCAAAAUUAAUCAAGUUUUUGAGAUCUGAAGUUUUGAAAAAAGAAAAAAUUAGGUUGGAUUUUUACAGCAGUGUAAGUCUAACGGACAGUGAGUACCAGAAUCUCCUAGGAAUCCCUAAAGCUGCGUUUGAGGACUUGCUGACAUAUGUUGAGGGAAAAGUCAAGGUAACUCCAGUGAGAACUGUCAGAACGAGUUUGGCCAUUUUCCUGAUGAAGCUCAGAGGUGGAAAAUCCAACUGUAUCCUCUCAACAUUGUUUAGGAUAUCCAAAUCCAGCAUUUACAGAGCAGUGAAGACAAUUCGCACAGCAUUAAUGAAUGGUGGAUUUGUCACUGGGAAUCUUGGUUUUGGCCAUGUGACAAGAGAGAAGAUAAUUCAAGAACACACUCGACCUUUAGCCCAAUCCAUAUUUGGUGAUGCAUUGUCCCAACAGGCAAUACUUGUCCUUGAUGGAACUUACAUUUAUAUCAAUAAAAGCGGAAAUUUUAAGUUUCAACGACAGUCUUUUAGCCUUCACAAAGGGAGACCACUUGUGAAGCCAAUGAUUAUUGUAUCGACGACAGGCUACUUCAUUUCUGUUUUGGGCCCCUACUUAGCUCGCAACAAUGACGCUACCAUUUUGAACUAUAUAAUGCGCAGCAAUAUCGAGGACAUACGGAGCUGGGUCAACGAGAAUGAUAUCUUUGUGGUUGAC